UGUGACCGUUCAAAAUGGCUGAUGAUGGAGUCUGAAAAAAAGAGAAAAUGGAGCAAUUUGUAAAUUCCCUUGCAUUUACGAGGUGUCACGAAUUUCCCGCAUUACAAGACACAGUGUAUCUAGACCAUGCUGGUGCCACCCUCGUGUCACGUACCCAACUAGAGGCACAUCACCAAGAUGUUCUCCGCAAUAUCUAUGGCAACCCACACAGCAGGAGUGCAAGCAGUCAGCUGACCACUGAUACCAUAGACCAGAUCAGAUACAGGAUCCUGCAACACUUCGGAACAACAGCAGAUGAGUAUUCAGUCAUCUUCACAGCUGGUUGCACAGCAGCUCUUAAACUUGUUGCCGAGGCCUUUGAUUACCAUGGUAACCUAGGUUGUUGUAGUUGUAGAAGUGAGAAAAAUAACUUGGCUACAUAUUGCCAUAGCAACAGUUGCUAUGAGACUGCUGUCACAAAUAGCAAUGAUGGACAUGGCAAAGGUCAGUGUGGUCAGGAGCAAUGUUCAAUUCAAAGCAAGAUUUAUGGAAGCAAAUGUAAUAAAGGUGGCAGUUUUAGCUACAUGCUGGAUAACCAUACCUCUGUCCAAGGUAUGAGAGAGAUAGCCUUUGAGAAAGCAGGGCAAGUGCAAUGUUUAGACAGUGAUUCUCAAGACUCUGUUCAUCUAGCAAAUGUUCUACAUGUGCAACAAGAUCAUUGUGCAUGUGGAAAUCACUUAUUUGCUUAUCCUGCUCAGUCAAAUUUCUCAGGAAGAAAGUACCCUAUCCAGUGGAUUUCUUUGGUUCAAAAUGGGCAAAUGGAGUGGCAGACGACAAUCAAAGAUUUGAGGUCAAGGUCAUCUUGUGAAGGCCAUUUUUACACAAUACUAGAUGCAGCUAGCCUUGUCAGCACCUCAGCACUGGACCUAGGAUCAGUGAAACCAGACUUUGUAGCCCUGUCAUUCUACAAGAUGUUUGGUUAUCCAACUGGCUUAGGUGCAUUGCUGGUAAAGAACGACUCUGCUCAUGUAUUGAAGAAGACAUAUUUUGGAGGAGGAACCGUGUCUGUGAGUCUUUCAACUCAACCUUUCCAUGUGUCAAGGUCACCACUGAGUGAAAAAUUUGAAGAUGGCACGGUUUCAUUUCUCGAUAUUAUAUCAAUGCAGCAUGGCUUUGAGGCUUUACAGAGACUUGCAGGUGGAAUUAGUUCUAUAUCCCAGCAUACAUUCAACCUGGCACAGUAUUUUCAUCACACAUUGUCAACCUGUUGUCAUGGGUCUGGUACCAGGCUUGCUGAAAUAUACUGUGAUGGAGAUUUUAUGGACAUACAGAAGCAGGGAGCCAUUGUAAGCUUUAAUUUGCUUAGAGCCAAUGGUGAUUAUGUUGGAUUUUCUGAGGUUGACAAAUUGGCUCAACUUUACAACAUUCAUGUGAGAACAGGUUGUUUUUGUAACAUAGGAGCAUGCCAGAAAUACCUUGGCUUGUCUGAUGACAAGAUAAAACACAACUUUGAUGCUGGACAUGUGUGUGGAGAUGACAGAGAUCUCGUUGAUGGCAAACCAACUGGAGCUGUGCGGGUUUCUUUUGGCUAUAUGUCAACACUGGAAGAUGCACAGAGAUGUCUUCAGUUCAUUGUUGACUGCUUCCUAGAAAGUGUGCCAAAACCAGUCUUCUGGGAUAAAAAUAUUAAAAUUCAGAACCAUUCUGGUUCUAUUUAUAGUCAAAGUUUGAUCUCAGGUACAAAAGGGGAGGAGCAAGUUGUCAUAGAAACUGUAAGCUCAGCAGAUUCAAAACAAAAGUUUGAUACAGAUGUUGAAGAAAGUUCAAAUGACUCAGGUGAAAAAGAAACAGUUGAAGAAAAGUGUGAAACAGAACAAUUGAAAAAGAGAGUUAUUUUAACUAAAUGUCUUGAUCCUAAAUUUGAAAAGAGUGCCACCAUUCCACACUCAGACAUAUAUGAGAAAAAGAUACAGUCUUUAAACAUGGAAGAGACUGGAAAUAAUGAAAUGUUCACAUCUUGCGAAGGAAAACAUUUGACUGAAAUUUACUUGUACCCUGUGAAAUCAUGUGCUGCAUUUAAGGUAAAUGAAUGGCCUUUAUGUGAUCGAGGGUUGCUAUAUGACAGGGAAUGGAUGAUUGUUACGGAGAGCGGUAUAGCCAUGAGCCAGAAGAGAGAGAGUAGACUGUGUCUCAUAAAACCAUCCAUUGAUCUCAACAAAAAUCAUCUGCUUCUAGAUUUCCCAGGGAUGGAGACGAUGUGCGUAAGUUUAAAUGUAACACAACAGCAUGAAAUGGAGACCAAUCUUUGUAACUCUAAAGUGUGCGGAGAUAGGGUACAGAGUUUAGACUGUGGCAGUGUGGUUGCAGACUGGCUGAGUGAAGCAUUAUGCAGGCCUGGAUGUAGGUUGAUACGGCAAGCAACAGAUGAUAAGAGAGCAUCAAAAUUGAAAAAUAAUGGAGAUUUGACAGUAGAAGAUAAAAGUAGACUUUCUCUAGCCAAUGAGUCUCAAUACCUCCUCAUCAGUAGAGACAGUGUGGCAGCUUUACAUCAGAAAAUACUAGACCGUAGAGAGGAGGGUGAUACUCUAGAAUCUUUCAACAUUGAUAAUCUUGUGGAUCGUUUCCGAGCCAACCUGAUUGUGAGUGGUUGUGAUCCAUUUGAAGAAGAGGGUUGGAAAAGUAUACAGAUUGGAAUUCUUCAUUUCAAAAGCCAGGGUACAUGUACAAGAUGUCAGAUGGUGUGUUUAGAUCAACAAACAGGGGAAAGAAGCAAGGAGCCACUGAAAACACUGGCUGUCUGGAGAGGAACUAAAGUACCUUUCGGUAUACAUCUACAUAGAUCAUGCAGUGGGCAGCAUUCAAGUUCUGUGAUAAAAGUCGGAGAUCCAGUAUUCACUUCUUGAUACAGAAGAAAAUUUAGAUAUCUUUAUUAUGUACUUAGAUGAUGGGAAAGUUUAAGGCUGUAUUGUGAAACAGUUCUUCAAACUUAAUUUUAAAGACAUUAAUUAACUGCCCUUACAUUUAGAGUAUUUUACAAGAGACUCUUUUUAGUUAAUCAGAUUUGAUAGCUGCAUAUUUAAAAUAUUUUAUCAGGAACAAACUGUUUGUUAUCUUCUCAUAUUUUAGAUUGAUUUUAUAUGGUGGCAUAUUUCUGCAUAUGAUAACCAGAUAAGUUUUGCGAAAAUGUAUCCACGAAACAGAAAAGUUAUCGCGAAAACAUAAAAGCUUUUCACAAAAAGAACUGCAAGUAUUAAGUGGAAAAAUUUGUGUUAGUGCCCACUUCUACAUAAGAAAACCAGAUAAGUUACGCGAAAAUGAAAAAUGGUGAAGUUUUCGUGAAAUUAAAAUGUUUAAGCGAAAACAUUUUAUUUUCACGAAAACUUUACCAUUUUUCAUGAAAGUUUGGUCCAUUUUCGCGAAACUUAUCUAGUUUUCUUAUGCAGACGUGGGCACUAAUGCAAAUUUUUCCACUUAAUAUUUGCAGUUCUUUUCGUGAAAAGCUUUUAUGUUUUCACGAAAACUUUUCUGUUUUUCGUGAAAACUCGAUACAUUUUCGCAAAACUUAUCUGGUUAUCAUAUGCAGAAAUAUGCCACCAUAAUUUUAUAAUACAUUGUAUUUAUAUAAGAUUUAUAUAUUUAUUUGUGUACAAGUAUUGUUGAAUAUAUAUUGUUGUGAUAUACUUGUAUUAGACUUGUUGUUGAAAGAGGUUUUGUUGUGCAAUAACCUUAUUGUUAGCUCGCUACAGUGUGCAGGUUAGACCUUUUUUACAAAUAUAUUACAUGAUAUGAAAAAAUCAACAAGGAUAUAGAAGUCAUUUUCAUUAUAUCUAGUAGACAUUGACUUUGCUGCCUUGAUUUCUAAGAAGAAUAAAGCAUUGUUCAUAGAAUAAUCUUAUCAUGCCAAAAAAAAAAAACUUUGACAGAAAGUGUAAGAAACUUGGUAGAAUUUUGCUGGGUAUGAGCUAUGGAAGAUGUGCUGCCUUGUUGGCUUGACAUCUUCCCUGACCAGUUUCAUUCAGCAGUUGUAAACGUCUUCAGAGGAUUUGACUAGUUAUAACAAGUUUAGUUUUCAUAUAAGAAACUUAAUCACAAGUAGCCUGUAUGGUAAGCCUUGAAGGUAAAGUAAAACAACUAUUGAUUGAGUUUUGUCCCCUUGAUUUGACAAAAUGCUAAUUGUCUUCCACCAGCCCUCUGGUUAAGAUGAUGGGAAGCUGUGAGGUUACUCACAGAGAACAAAUGUGUAUUUACAAGAAUGUAAGGACACCAACCUUUAACUGAAAUACCAAUGAACCUGCUUAGUGGUCACCUGUGUUAAGCAGCCAAUUGCCUAAAGCAGUCAGUCAUCUAGCUUCCUAAUUGACAUCCUGUUCUAAUUUCUACCUUUCUGAAGCAGUCACCUGCUUGAAGCAGCCAGAUUGCGUCACUGCCUUGGCUGGCUGCUUAAGACAGGUUUAAUUGUACAUCAUUAAACCAAGGGAAGGAGAAAAAGUGGCCUGUUAAAACAGGUUGUUGCUUAAUGUAGUUCUACAUGUUUGAUAAACCACAAGUAAUGGAAUAACAUCAAUUAUCUGGAUGAUUUGGAAUAUUUUAAGUCUUGACUCUGCAUACGAAAAUGAAAAUCAUUUUAUUAAUUAACCUUUAGCAUGCUAGAUAAAUUGUCAUCUGCUGGAAAUGUCCUCUGCUAAAAUUGUAAAGUUCAUUCAAUUUGCUCCAAAAUUGGAAGAAAUAUUGUCAGAGUAGCAAACAGCUUGGAACCUGAUCAGACGCCGAUUUAAUCGGCGUCUGAUCUGGUUCCAAGCUGUUUGCAAAGGCUGUUAAAUUCGCCUGCAGCAGGCUAAGGGUUAAUGGCAACCCGUGAGUAACUUUAUUAAAACAGUAACAUUGCUAUCUGUCUAUAGAUAAAAUAUAUAUUAAAAUGUUUCACACAUUGAAUAAUUCCAAAAUUAAAAUUGUCUUGAAUCAGGUUGAAAUUUGUGAUUCUCUUUACUUACAGGCAAACAUCUUGAAAACAAGCACACAGACCUAUACAUUAUAUCACCAUAUUAUAGACCAUACGUUUAUUUACAACUCGGAGAAGUUUCAUUAAAGCUUUGUUGUAUUUUGUAGUUUAAAUGAAUAAAGUUGUAUACACAAGA